AUGCCUCCAGCUGCAUCCUGCUCUGUCCUCCCAGUCACGUCCUGCAGAUUGGUUUGGACACCCCAGAAUGGGGGUUAUCAGGAUGCUGGCCUUGGGCCUGAGGCCUCUCCACAGCCAAGAGUCCCGCCGGCCAGUCCCAGCCAACUCAUGGCCACCGGUCUCUACCAGCGCCCAUGGCCCACAGAGCACCGGCCAUUCCUCCUGCUACUUGGGCUGUGCUCAGUGAGCCUGGUCUUGGGUUCGGAACAUGAGACCCGCUUAGUGGCAAAGCUGUUUGAGAACUACAACAGCGUGGUGCGGCCAGUGGAAGACCACCGGCAAAUCGUGGAGGUCACCGUGGGCCUGCAGCUGAUCCAGCUCAUCAACGUGGAUGAAGUAAAUCAGAUCGUGACAACCAAUGUUCGUCUGAAACAGCAAUGGGUGGACCACAACCUCAAAUGGAACCCAGAUGACUAUGGCGGCGUGAAAAAAAUCCACAUUCCCUCACAAAACAUCUGGCGGCCAGACCUGGUUCUCUACAACAAUGCUGAUGGCGACUUUGCCAUUGUCAAGUUCACCAAAGUACUCCUGGACUACACGGGCCACAUCACCUGGACGCCCCCUGCCAUCUUCAAAAGCUACUGCGAGAUCAUCGUCACCCACUUCCCCUUUGACGAGCAGAACUGCAGCAUGAAGCUGGGCACCUGGACUUACGACGGUUCCAUGGUGGCCAUCAACCCGGAAAGCGAGCAGCCGGACCUGAGCAACUUCAUGGAGAGCGGGGAGUGGGUGAUCAAGGAGGCGCGGGGCUGGAAGCACUGGGUGUUCUACGCCUGCUGCCCCAGCACGCCCUACCUGGACAUCACCUACCACUUCGUCAUGCAGCGCCUGCCGCUCUACUUCAUCGUUAACGUCAUCGUGCCCUGCCUGCUCUUCUCCUUCCUCACCGGCCUGGUGUUCUACCUGCCCACCGACUCAGGGGAGAAGAUGACCCUGAGCAUCUCGGUCCUGCUGUCCUUGACCGUGUUCCUGCUGGUCAUCGUGGAGCUCAUCCCGUCCACCUCCAGCGCGGUGCCCUUGAUCGGGAAGUACAUGCUGUUCACCAUGGUGUUUGUCAUCGCAUCCAUCAUCAUCACUGUCAUCGUCAUCAACACGCAUCACCGCUCUCCCAGCACCCAUGUCAUGCCCCAGUGGGUCCGGAAGGUUUUCAUCGAGACCAUCCCAAACCUCAUGUUCUUCUCCACAAUGAAAAGACCAUCCAGAGAAAAGCAAGAAAAGAAGAUCUUUACGGAAGAUAUCGACAUCUCUGACAUUUCGGGGAAGCCGGGACCGCAGUCCUUGGGCUUCCAAUCUCCACUGAUUAAACACCCGGAGGUGAAAAGCGCCAUCGAGGGAAUCAAGUACAUCGCGGAGACCAUGAAGUCAGACCAGGAGUCCAACAACGCGGCCGAGGAGUGGAAGUACGUGGCUAUGGUGAUGGACCACAUUCUCCUCGGGGUCUUCAUGCUCGUCUGUAUCAUCGGGACCCUCGCUGUGUUCGCAGGUCGGCUCAUUGAGCUCAAUCAGCAAGGGUGA